AUCUACCAAAGUUUUACAGCAGCAUAGUGACAGAUCUACACAGAACAGUAAGCAGUAAGUGAAGUUAAGUGCAGCUAAGGUUUGUUAGAUGUCCGCAGAUAUUUAUGUCAAUGCAGAUAUGUCAAAGAAGGUGAGAUACAACAGAAAUGUGCAGAAGGACAAAGAAAAGUGGGAGGAAAGGGAGGUGGUAAUAUACGAGACCCCAGACGCUAUCAGAGAUGAUCACAUUGAUAAUCAGUCACAUGGAAGAGGACCAGACACUGAGAGGCAUCCUCCAGUCAUCCAAAGGAAGACUCUCAGGGCUGCAGCACUCUGUCUGGCAGUGCUCUGCUUUCUGAUGAUGACUGGAAUCAUCCUCUUAUCUGUAUACUUCAUUUUGCUGCAGACCAGAUACAACCAACUGAUCAACAACUACAGUCAGUUACAAGAUGAAGUAAAGCAGGUGAAGAACAGAACUGAAGAGAAGAGCUGUGCUGAUGGAUGGAUGAGAUUUGGAUACAGUUGUUACUUUAAAUCUAAAGAGAACAACACUUGGGCUGGAAGCAGAGCUGACUGUCAGCAGAGAGGAGCAGAUCUGGUCAUCAUAAACAAUGAAGAGGAACAGAAGUUUGUUACUGAGCAGAGUAAGGAUGGAGAGUCCUGGAUUGGUCUACGGUAUGAUUGGAUACAAGGAGAAUGGAAAUGGGAAUGGGUGGACGGAUCACCGCUGACAGAAACGUGA